UUUCAGUCGCGAUCGCGAAGUCGUAUUGACUACAUCACUUCUAUCGUGUCUCAGAACAAAUUUAGUUUUACAUUUUUUCUUAUUCUUUACAACAACAAAAAAUCAUCCACGCAAGUUUACUUUUUUCUUCAAAGUAGUCUUAUCCCUCAGAGAGAUACUGUUGUGAUAAUAGACCAGAAAUAAAUCGUGAAGUAUUUUUUAAUUAAUUAAUUAAUUAAACUUUUGUGAAAUCACUGCCAGGAUUUUUCUGCUCUCCGAGAAAGCAGAAGAAUUUCUUUGGAAAGAAUCACGAAAAUCGCAGAAGGAAGAUUUUUUGUCUUACUAGAGGAGAAAGACAAGCUGAAAAAUUGCAAGAAUUGUUCUCCUUACGUAUCGCCUUUAUCACCUACCCAGCGUCUCUUUAUCUUAACGAAAGAAGUGAAAUAACUUGCGGUUGCUGGCGUGUGUGAUAAGAUAUCGCGCCAGAAUAACAGAGAUUGGUGUGUCCAAAUGAUUUUAAGGUGAUUGCGAAAAAAACAAGAGAAAUCCUUCUGCCAACAACUUGGCUACAACAAAAAAUUCUCACAAAUGCGGGCUCAGCAAUUAAAAGAAGAGUUUCUCUCAGCUAAAAGUGUCGUGCAGUGGUGAAAUGAGAAAUUAGAUAAUUUUUUUCUUUCUAAUAAAAUCCCAGUGAUAAGCGGAGUCUCAAGAAAAAUAGGAAGAAAAGUGCCUCCGAAUUGCCACAGAAACUACCUUUUUACCACAAACAAUCCACGAAGAAACCAAAAAGUGAGAGAACACAAAGUGAUGUAGAAUCAAUAAAUUUGUUUGAAGGGGAAAAAAUUAUCCUGCCCAAGGCCAAAAUAUCCCUCCAAAAGCCCUCCAAGUUUAUUUGUAUGAAAAACACUUCGAAUUUUUAGCUGAUAAGAGCUGACAAAAGUGCGGUGAUACCUACACAAAGUAUUUUAAACUUCUUAACAUUUAAGCAAUGAUUGCGGAUUUUGUGGCGAAACAUUUACUACAGAACCUAUUUAGGAUGCGACACAUAUCAAUAGGUGGUGCCUGUCGCUUUGUUUUGACUGUAUCCUUGACGAUUGCAGUCAUACACGCAGCACCUGCCUCCAAAACGUCUCAAGCUGAGAUUUAUUUAUCACAAUUUGGAUAUCUACCUGCUUCUGCGAGAAAUCCAUCAAAUGGUGGUUUGCUGCAGGAGGAAACAUGGACAAAAGCUAUUCAGGAUUUCCAGGGAUUCGCCGGUAUUAAUGUAACUGGUGAAUUAGAUGAGGAAACAAUGGAGCUAAUGUCACUGCCACGGUGUGGUGUCAAAGACAAGGUGGGAUUUGGCACAGACUCCCGGUCGAAGCGCUAUGCUCUCCAAGGUAGUCGAUGGAAGGUUAAGGCGCUCACCUAUCGAAUUGCCAAAUACCCAAAGCGACUCAACAAGGGGGAUGUUGACAAAGAAAUUGCAAAAGCUUUUUCAGUAUGGAGUGAAUAUACAGAUCUCACAUUUACGCCAAAACGCACGAAUCCGGUGCACAUUGAAAUAAGAUUUGAGGAGAAUGAGCAUGGUGAUGGGGAUCCUUUUGACGGUCCUGGUGGCACCCUGGCUCAUGCCUACUUCCCCGUAUACGGUGGAGAUGCUCAUUUUGAUGACGCCGAAUACUGGACCAUUGGCAGCACGCGCGGAACGAACCUUUUCCAGGUGGCCGCCCACGAAUUCGGCCAUUCUCUGGGCCUGAGUCAUUCAGAUGUUCGAUCCGCCCUCAUGGCUCCCUUCUACAGAGGCUACGACCCUCAUUUCCGACUCGAUUCAGACGACGUUCAAGGUAUUCAAGCACUCUACGGACGCAAGACCAGCUCCGGAGCUACGACGCCCACAAGAACAACCCCCAGGACGUCGGUUAAUACCAUCAAUAAUGAACUCUGCAAAGACGCCAAGAUCGAUGCGAUCUUCAAUUCAGCCGAUGGAAUGACUUAUGCCUUCAAGGGUGAUAUGUACUACCGACUAACGGAGAAUGCCGUAGCCGAGGGGUAUCCUAAGCGUAUCUCAGAGGGAUGGCCCGGACUCCCAGGGAACAUUGAUGCUGCAUUUACUUACAAAAAUGGCAAGACGUACUUCUUCCAGGGCAGCAAAUACUGGCGCUACAACGGACGACAAGUCGAUGGUGACUACCCCAAACCAAUCAGUGAAGGCUUCACAGGCAUCCCGGAUAAUAUUGAUGCAGCCCUUGUGUGGGGUGGCAAUGGGAAGAUUUACUUCUACAAAGGAACACGCUUCUGGCGGUUUGAUCCACUCAAGAGGCCACCCGUGAAGUCAACGUACCCCAAACCGAUCUCCAACUGGGAGGGUGUUCCCAAUAACAUUGAUGGGGCUCUUCAGUACACAAAUGGGUACACGUACUUCUUCAAAGACAACAAAUACUACAGAUUCAACGAUAGAACGUUCUCGGUGGACGCGGCGGAUCCUCCCUUCCCACGACCAACAGCACACUGGUGGUUUGGGUGCAAGAAUGUCCCUGCGUCCUUUGGCUCAUUAGGUAAUGUUAUCGCUGAUCCAGAGUACAGUCAAUCAAGUCAUGAUGAUAUCGAUGGGGAUAUCCUUAUGGAGGCCGGAGGAACUGAUGAGCGUCCGGCACAUGAUGAACAUGGGGACAGUUCUGCAUUUAGUCAUCAUCCCUUUGCGCCACUCCUGAUUGUCUCCUGUACUCUCUUCGCCCUGAGACACUGGUUUAGCCACUAAGGACAACAUUUUUUUUUUAAUUUCUAUAAAAUACGAACGACGAACCCCCCAAAUUGGUUUGGGGUUCUCGUUCUUUUCCAUACAUAAUUAUAGAAAAAACAAAGAAAAAGCUCAAUAGCCCCUCAACCCUCGUCGAGGAUGCCUUUGCUAUAUAUAAAAAAAUCAAAACUCAAUACGUGCGCCAAAUUUGUAGAGAAAAUAACGAAAUAAAAAUAUUUUUUACACGUUGGAAAAUUAAAUAAAAAAAAAUAUUCAGUGCCUUCCUGUAAAUAACGUGAGAGAGAUACAAAGUGAAUGUGACUUUAUAUACCAAUAAUAAUUAUAAAUAUAUAUUUAAACUUAAGGAAUUUUAGUUAGAUGAUGGACUAGUGAAUGAAUAUCUCGUUAGUAGAGUUCAUAAAAUUGAUCAAAGGACAAAAAUUAAAAAAAAAAUCUUUGUCUUGGAGUUUAUUUUUACGUAUUAUGAAAAAAAAAAUGGAUAAUUUCAUCAAAUGAAUGAAUCCAAUUGAAGCUUUUAAAUGGAUGAAAGAGUGAUUGAAUUCUAAUGAAAUUGUAGUAUUUUUUAAAAUAAAAAUCCAUUUUAUGAGAUUUUAAUUAAUCCAAAA